AUGGCUUCGGUUUGGAUGUAUUCGUUAUUAUUAUGCUUUUUGAUACUCAAUCACAAAGCAUUAGGGUUUAAUGUUGAACGUGCACUGUUUGACGAUUCGAGUGAUAGUUCGGAUGAUGAACAAGAAGAAUUGACUAAGCGAUCCUCAUCCUCAUAUGAUAUGAAUAACUUCAAUUCUGGUUAUACUAAAGAUAAUUUCAAUGUUUAUUUUAUGGGUAAAAAAAUUCAUGGAGCAAGUGCUAUGUCGUUUCAACCUUUAGCAUAUGGUUAUGCUAAAGACAACUGGAAUGUUUAUUAUAUGGGUCAGAAAAUGGAUGGAGCAAGUGCUAUGACGUUUCAACCUUUAGCAUAUGGUUAUGCUAAGGACAACUGGAAUGUUUAUUAUAUGGACAGAAAAAUUCCUGGUGCCAGUACAAUGUCAUUUCAGGUUCUUUCUCAUGGAUACGCUAAAGACAACUGGAGUGUUUAUUAUAUGGGUAGAAAAAUGGACGGUGUAUCACCUAAUUCAUUUAAUGUAAGUCCUUCUGGACGAUAA